CCUCCCACCCAAGACAAAGUCCAGCCCCCGCCGGCUCCGGCGCCGCCACCGCCUCCUCCUCUCCGCCCCGCGGGUAUCCCGCGCGGGACCCUGCUCAGACCGCGCACUUCCCGCAGGCGCUGCAGAGCAGCGAGCUUCCAGGUGGCCGCAGUCUGCGCCGCAGUCCUCGCCGGGGCCGGGCCAUGAAGCUGGAGUUUGCGCCGCUCAAUAUCCCGCUGGAGCGGCGGCUGCAGACGGCGGCGGUGUUUCAGUGGGUCCUGUCCUUCCUGCUACUCGCGGAGGUGUGCAUUGGAAUCCUCUUGCUACUGAUCUUAUACAACUACUGGUUCCUGUACAUCCCUUACUUGACAUGGCUCUACUUUGACUGGCGUACUCCAGAGCAAGGAGGCAGGAGAUCCAACUGGGUCAGAAGCUGGGCCGUUUGGAAGUACUUUAAGGACUACUUUCCAAUUCAUCUCAUCAAAACUAGUGAUUUGGACCCAAGUCACAACUACAUAUUUGGGUUCCACCCCCAUGGAGUGCUCGUGGCUGGAGCCUUUGGAAAUUUUUGUACCAAUUAUUCGGACUUCAAGAAGCUGUUCCCCGACUUUACUGCGUAUCUCCAUGUGCUUCCGAUUUGGUUCCGGUGCCCUCUCUUCCGAGAAUACCUGAUGAGCAGUGGGCCAGUCUCAGUUUCCAAGAAAAGUGUGUCCCAUGUGCUGAGCAAGGAAGGAGGUGGAAACAUUUCAGUCAUUGUCCUUGGGGGUGCAGAGGAAUCCUUAGAUGCCCAUCCCGGGAAAUUCACUCUGUUCAUCUGCCGGCGGAAAGGAUUUGUGAAACUUGCUUUGACCCACGGCGCCUAUUUGGUCCCUGUGUUUUCUUUUGGUGAAAAUGAACUAUUUAAACAAGUUAGCAACCCUGAAGGCUCAUUGCUUCGAACUGUGCAGGAUAAACUACAGAAGAUCAUGGGGUUUGCCUUGCCACUGUUCCAUGCCAGAGGAGUUUUUCAGUACAGUUUUGGCCUAGUGCCCUAUCGGAAACCUAUUCACACUGUAGUUGGCCAUCCAAUCCCUGUUCAUCAGACUCUGAACCCCACCCGGGAGCAGGUUGAGGAGCUGCAUCAGACCUACAUGGAGGAGCUCAGGAAGUUAUUUGAGGAGCACAAAGGGAAGUAUGGCAUCCCAGAGCACCACACUCUUGUUUUUAGAUAACUGUCCUCUUAGAAGGCCGCAGGAGGACGGGAGAAUAAAUAUGUUAAAUAUGUUAAUUUCUUUCCUUGACUGUGGAGUUAAAUUUGCACCUGGAAAGUAUUAUUUAUGGUGACAGAUGUUGAUGUAGAACUGUGUUAAAUAAAAAUACAGUGUGUGAUGAUAGGACAAGGUUAGAGGUGACUAUAAGUCUAUUAAUAACUUCCUCAUUGAGGAAGAUGAAAUCAUCUUACAGGUUCAGAAAUUGUUUAGAACAGUGGUUCUCAACCUUCCUAAUGCCGCAACCCUCUAAUACAGUUCCUCAUGUUGUGGUGACCCC